UUCUCUUACUCCUCUCUCAUAUCUAAAAUUUCCCCUCCUUCCACACGUCCCUCGUCCCUCGUCCCUCCCGCCUCAUAAGACCCUCUCACGCCGGGAACCGUCACCUCCCUUUCCCAGCGCCCAGAGGCCGAGCAGCGGGACGCAGCGCGCACAGCGCGCCGGGGCGGGCGUCUGAGGGGCGACGCGGGGUCCCCCCGCUCCCCGGCAGCCCCGGGCGCGGUGCAGUCUGGGGGAACAUGGCCGCUUCCGGUCUCCCUGCCGGGCCGGCACUGGCCUGAGCGCGGCUCCUGCCCGGCGCACUCCGCCCUCCGCUCCUCCCGCCCCGCAGCCGCGGAGGUCGCUUCAGCCUCUCCCUCCCGCUGCCCCCGCCGCGCCAUGGAGAAGAGCUCGAGCUGCGAGAGUCUUGGCUCCCAGCCGGCGGCAGCACGGCCGCCCAGCGUGGAUUCUCUGUCCAGUGCUUCCACUUCUCAUUCAGAGAAUUCAGUGCAUACAAAAUCAGCUUCUGUUGUAUCAUCAGAUUCCAUUUCAACUUCUGCAGACAACUUUUCUCCUGAUUUGAGGGUCCUGAGGGAAUCUAACAAAUUAGCAGAAAUGGAAGAACCACCCUUGCUUCCAGGAGAAAAUAUUAAAGACAUGGCCAAAGAUGUAACUUAUAUAUGUCCAUUCACUGGUGCUGUACGAGGAACUCUGACUGUCACGAAUUACAGGUUAUAUUUCAAAAGCAUGGAACGGGAUCCCCCAUUUGUUUUAGAUGCUUCUCUUGGUGUGAUAAGUAGAGUAGAAAAAAUUGGUGGUGCUUCUAGUCGAGGGGAAAAUUCUUAUGGACUAGAAACUGUGUGUAAGGAUAUUCGGAAUUUACGGUUUGCUCAUAAACCUGAGGGGCGAACAAGAAGAUCCAUAUUUGAAAAUCUAAUGAAAUAUGCGUUUCCUGUUUCUAAUAACCUGCCUCUUUUUGCUUUUGAAUACAAAGAAGUAUUCCCUGAAAAUGGGUGGAAGCUAUAUGAUUCUCUUUUAGAGUAUAGAAGGCAGGGAAUUCCAAAUGAGAGCUGGAGAAUAACAAAGAUAAAUGAGCGAUAUGAGCUUUGUGAUACGUACCCUGCCCUCUUGGUUGUGCCAGCAAACAUUCCUGAUGAAGAAUUAAAGAGAGUGGCAUCCUUCAGAUCCAGGGGCCGUAUCCCAGUUUUAUCAUGGAUUCAUCCUGAAAGUCAAGCCACAAUCACUCGAUGUAGCCAGCCCAUGGUAGGAGUGAGUGGAAAGCGAAGCAAAGAAGAUGAAAAAUACGUUCAGUCUAUCAUGGACUCCAAUGCCCAGUCUCAUAAAAUCUUUAUAUUCGAUGCCCGGCCAAGCGUUAAUGCUGUUGCCAAUAAGGCAAAGGGUGGAGGCUAUGAAAGUGAAGAUGCCUAUCAAAAUGCAGAACUAGUUUUUCUAGAUAUCCACAAUAUUCAUGUUAUGAGAGAAUCAUUACGAAAACUUAAGGAGAUUGUGUACCCCAACAUUGAGGAAACUCACUGGUUGUCUAACUUGGAAUCUACUCACUGGCUAGAACACAUUAAGCUUAUACUUGCAGGGGCUCUUAGGAUUGCUGACAGAGUCGAGUCAGGAAAGACGUCUGUGGUAGUACACUGCAGUGAUGGUUGGGACCGCACCGCUCAGCUCACUGCCCUCGCCAUGCUCAUGUUGGAUGGAUACUACCGAACCAUCCGAGGAUUUGAAGUCCUUGUGGAAAAAGAAUGGCUAAGCUUCGGACAUCGAUUUCAACUUAGACUUGGCCAUGGUGAUAAGAACCAUGCAGAUGCAGACAGAUCGCCUGUUUUUCUUCAGUUUAUUGACUGUGUCUGGCAAAUGACAAGACAGUUUCCCACAGCAUUUGAAUUCAAUGAAUAUUUUCUCAUUACCAUUUUGGACCACCUAUAUAGCUGUUUGUUUGGAACAUUCCUCUGUAACAGUGAACAGCAGAGAGGAAAAGAGAAUCUUACUAAAAGGACUGUGUCACUGUGGUCUUACAUAAAUAGCCAGCUGGAAGACUUCACUAAUCCUCUCUAUGGGAGCUAUUCCAAUCAUGUCCUUUAUCCAGUAGCCAGCAUGCGCCACCUAGAGCUCUGGGUGGGUUAUUACGUAAGGUGGAAUCCAAGGAUGAAACCACAGGAGCCCAUUCACAACAGAUAUAAAGAACUUCUUGCUAAAAGAGCAGAGCUUCAGAAAAAAGUAGAGGAACUACAGAGAGAGAUUUCCAACCGAUCAACCUCAUCCUCAGAGAGAGCCAGUUCUCCUGCCCAGUGUGUCACUCCUGUCCAAACUGUUGUAUGAAAGGACUGUUAUUAGAUGGGGGCCAUCAUCGCCAUGAACUCCUGAUUACAAUGGCAGCUUUAUGAGUAGAAAUUCUGAAUUUAGAACCCAUCUAUGAGAGACAUUGUUGCUUUAUUUAUUUUAAAUCUCUCUAGGAUGAGUUUAGAACUGUAGCAGUGCAGGUGGUUUAAGUGAAAUAACUCCAUAUGUAAUUACAUAAUUAUGACACUAAUCUUAUAAGUCACCCAAAGAAUAUUAAAAUGCUUCAGUCCUGGAUCCACAGUGGGAACGUUUCUGAUUUCAAAAUACAAAUGACUUCAGAAAUAUACCUCUUGAUGGAAGAGAGCUCAUUGCACAGGAGGAGCAUCACUGUUUUCAAACCAAACCAACGCUGAAACUCUAUGGCAUCACACAUAUUGGGCCUUGAUGUCAUGACAGAUCAAAAUCAUUUGAUGCUCCUUUCCUCAUCAUGGGUUUUUCUUUUUUGUAGUAAGUGAUUUACUUUGAUCACCUUUUAACACCCACAUUCUUUCUUUGUAUAUGAUAAGGUAAAGUCGUGGCGAUAUUAUGGUGUAGUAGUAGUUGAAAAUUAUUGCUGUCAUUAUUUAUGUACUUAUUUAAGAUGUUAUUAGAUAGCUGUUCCAAAAUGAUGCCUUACAGAUGUGCUUAGGGGGAGGACGGAGAGUGGUAGCCGUCCAGGAUUUCAAAGAACCCCACAUCCUUCCAGAUUAGUUUCCAUUUGCCCAAUUACUAGAAACAUCAUAAAACAUUUUAAAAAUUCAUUAUCUACCCUUAUUUACAUUUUUUUGUGUGUCUGAACAUAGAGAAAUUAAUUGGUAAGUUUUGAGGCAAUAUUUUAAAAGUUUACUAGGAUUGACUUUUUUCUGAAGUCUGUAUAAAUAGCUUAUGGUGAGAAGUACUAUGCUCAAAUUUUACAUAAAAUGUUUUACUACUACUUUCCUUCACAAAUUCUGUAAUUCCACUGAAUCAUUAAGUUUACCAAAGAACUUAUUGCAUGUAAAAAUGUAUUACAAUCUCAAUGCCAGUAAAGGAAAUCUUGCUUCACUGUUCGCCUGCUACAGUAAGAGUUCAGUGCUGGUAGAAACGUUCAACUCCCUGAUGUCUCUUUUACUCUAUAUAAAGAGCCAUAUAUUAUGUACUGUAACAAAGGAGCUUCUUGUCCCUUGGGUCUUUAAUUAAAAGAAAAUUUCAACUGAUUUUUAAACUUCA